GAGGCCGCGUCUUCAUCGAUUCAGUUGUCCUGUGUUAGCCUGAACAAUAUUCUGUUUUUAUAUAUACAUAUAUUUCCAUUAGAUAAAAGUGAACAAGAGAACACUGUUGCAAGCAGGUCUUAGUGGGUGGAUUAUGAAGAAUCAAGGAUAUGGAUUACUAGAAGGAGUGGGGCAUUCUUGGAGGUUGGUGGUAAGGACAGAGGGGAAUGGAGCAAUCAGAUAUAUACAAUGCUUUGUUUGAAGAUCCAGACUUCCCCGCAGAUAGCCAUUCUCUGUUCUCAGAUCUUCAUUCCUCCACACCAGUUUCAAAAUUCUCUGAUGAUAUCACAUGGAUGCGUCCACAGGAAGUCAGCCAGCAACCAAGGCUUUUUUCAGAAAAUCUACAAGAGAACCAUGUGAAGCAAGGAAUUCUAGGAGACUGCUGGUUCCUGUGUGCUUGUGCUGCACUUCAGUGUAAUGAUCGUCUACUGAAGCAGGUGAUUCCCAGUGGUCAGGCAACAUGGGGAGAAAAGGAGUACAAUGGGUGCUUUCUCUUUCGUUUUUGGCAAUUUGGACGAUGGGUGGAGGUUGUAGUGGAUGACCGACUGCCAUGUAUCGAUGCAAAACUGUGCUUCUCUCGCUGCCAGUGCCAAGAUGUCUUCUGGGUAGCACUUUUGGAAAAGGCAUAUGCAAAAUUAAAUGGCACUUAUGAGAGACUGUGGGCUGGACAGGUAUGUGAGGCAUUAGUUGAUUUGUGUGGAGGAGUUGCUAAAAGAUGGAAACUAAAGGCUUCUGAGAAGGAGGAAUGUGAGACUGAUGCAUCUGGAUCCACCUUGGAGAAGUUUAACUUGAGUGACAUUGUGGAUAACUGUAUGAUGAGUUGCUGUGUACACAGCUCUCACAGAGGUUCUCUAGGUGAAUAUCACGCAUUUGUUGUGAUGGAGCAUGUCUCUGUGAUAAAAAUGUGUGGAGACAGCCUGGUCUUGCUACGAAUACGGAACCCUUGGGGCCGACGUUGCUGGGAUGGACCUUGGAAAGAGGAUGGUGAUGGCUGGGAACAGCUAGAUCCAGAAAUUGCUUUACCACUCCGUUCCCGAGUGGAAGAAGGAGAAUUCUGGGUGGAUGAGAUUGAGUUUGGGAAGGAGUUUGAUGAGGUCACUGUUGCAUAUCCAUUCAGCAUAGAGGGUCACAUGAAGAGUUUGUGGACAGGAGCCAAUCUAUCCUUCAGUCAGCAGGUGUAUAGUUCUUGGAUCAAAGAUCGCACAGCUGGAGGCUCUCGUAACACUAAUAGUUUUAGCUGUAAUCCUAAAUUCUGGCUAAAAAUCCAAGAAGUCGGGGAGGUGCUACUCUGCUUGCAUCAAUGGGAUCUUUAUAGAUCUCCGAAAAACUCUUGGAUUAGCCUACCAGUUCAGAGGAGAGAAGCUUUAAGGCACAGAUGUGAUCACCUCACCAAACAUCAUGCUAUUGGAUUUCAUGUAUGGAAGGUGAAGAAGAAGAGACUCAAUCUUCCCAGAACACUUCAGGAGGCUCCAUGUCUGUCCACGCUAUGUCACGCCUAUGAACGAGAAGUUUCAGUGCACUGUGUUCUCUCCCCUGGCUAUUAUCUUGUUAUUCCAAGCAUCUUUCUACAGGGUGCAGAGGGACGUUUUCUAAUGAGAGCUUUCUCUACUGGACAACUUUCUCUCAGUGAGGUGAAGCUGCCAGACAUUCAGUAUCCUGCGAAUGCCAAAAAUGAUGCAGAAUGGGAAACCAUCAGCUUUGAUGGCCAGUGGCUCAAAGGAAAUAGUGCAGGGGGCAGCCGAAACUUUUCCACUCAUUUUGCUAAUCCAAUUCUGCCAUUCAAAGUCAACUCUGACACCGGGAAGACAACAUUAAAUAUUGUACUGCAGCAGCACUGUCAAACUGGAAAAUGCCAUGCCAUUGGAUUUCAUAUAUACCAGGUUGCUCAUAAUACUGAUCUUAAUAAAUGUCUAAAGGAUCAGGAACCUAUAAAAAGCUGUACUCCCCAUCGAUACACAGAGGAAAUCAGCAUUAUGUGUGUCCUGCCACCAGGAAAUUAUGUUAUUAUUCCAUCAACAUAUGAACCGGACUGUGUUGGUUUUUUCACAGUGAGCAUAGCUACCAGAAUAGACAGGAAACCAGUGAGAAGUCAAGAGACACUAGGCAGAUUCCUGCAAGAGGUCUCCUACAUUGCAGAGAUGAGAAGAUAGGCAAAGGAGCAUGUGCUGGUGGAAGCUCAUCACUUGGCCUCACAUAAAAGUACUGGAGCAAGACCCUGGAGAAUCGGAGCAGGGAUCUUUUAUUGUUCCGCCAGUGCCGCUAGCAGUUUGCGCAUCACAGCUUCUCCAUUCUCGUGGCACUAAUCUGAGGUGACAUGACCCGGUGGUGUAAACAAAAAAGCACCGAUUGAAGAGGCCACAGUCUUGUUUGGGUGGAACUGAAACAAAAGCAUCUCUCAUUUAACCAGGGGUAUUCAGCAAAGAAAAAGCACACCCCAUUCUACAUUUAAAGUAGUAGCCCCCUCACUCCAGUUCUUUGACAUGCCAUCAUGCAGCUUUGAUGUUUUUCUGGAACAUACAAAUGACAACAAAGAAAACUCCCCAACGGAUUUACAAGAGGCUUCAGCACUCAAGCCAUGCAUGCAAUAGAGUUUACAUAUUGUCUUUGAGCUCAGUUUUUGUUGUUUUGGAAUGGGUUCUCCUGUUGGCUUUUCAGUGUGUCUCCAUUGGAAGUGUCAUAUCAGAGUGAUUUCUUGUAACUCUAUACUCUCAACUUCAGUUGAUUGAUUUACAUUUUCCUUAUCAAUAAGUAGGAAAAAGCAGCUGACCUGAUAAGCCAAAGGAAACAGGAGCGUUGUUGGCAUUAACUAAUAUUUUAUCAGGCAUGUAGGCCACACACUGUAUAAUUUUCAGAUUAUCAGUUUACACUUUCUCCUAACGCUGACUGUUUUUUGGCACUUUUACAACUCAUUUUGUUAGCUAUUGUCUGAACAGCUUAAUUGUACAACAGUCUUAAAUCUGUCUUAGACUCAGAAAUAAUUAGCCAGUCUUGUUUUAAGCCUUAAUAACUAGUUUGCCCAUAAUUUUAUUUAAUCAGAAAUAUUCCACCAACCAUAAACCCAUGUUGGAUUUAUUGGUGGAAAAUAUGCUAU